AAAGACAGAGGCACAUAGAAAACUUGCACAUGCAAGUGACGGCAUCCUCGAUUCGUCCAUCCCUCCAAACUUGAAUCUGUGAAGCUGUUUGUGACAUUUCAUUUAUUUCUGGCUCCCACAGAUCGCGUCACUUUUUCCGCUAAUCAGCACCUUCAACCACAACUUCCGAUUCUCACUUUCUCGCUUCAUUCUGCCUCGUUCGCUUCCUGGACUUUUCUGGAAAUUGUUUUUUUCGUUCCUUGGCAGAUCGUGUCAUUCUUACCUGGACUCUUUACGACUCCGGGACUGCGUCUUUGUGCUCGCAUAAUACCAUCCUUAUCACCACCCACCUCAGCUGCUCUCCUAUUCUCUCCCCGUCCGCCACGACAGUGGCAUUUCCUACAUUCAUGUCAUCUCCAUCUUCCCCAAGCUCCGCAAAGAGGAAGCGGUCCAGUGCGUCGGACCGACUCCCGUCCGCUGCUGCUGACCUGCAGCAACCCUUAUCCCGGGAUGCAUCAGGUGAAGAGCUGGCCGAUGCACCCUCACACCAUACGCGAACCCGCAAGCAUGCAACGAGCAGCUCUCUUGACGACAACGUGCCUCCUAGUAAGCGGGCACGAACACGAUCUACCGCGAAGUCCAUUGAGCCCAACGGAGCAGACGAAGAAGACCCCGGUGAACCGUCGAGCACUACGGAAGAGAGCGAACAAGAGAUCGAGAGGAGCAGCAAUGAAGACAAGACCCAGAAAGUUCCAAGCUCUGUCACCAAAGCGGUGGUCAAUGGUCAAGAUCAGCCGAUGACCUCAGUGCCCAAGGCAGGGCUGAGAGAUCCCGUAGGGGGAUACAAGACGAAUCCACCUCCUGAAGGGCGAGCUGUCAGGGUGUAUGCCGAUGGUGUUUUUGACCUCUUCCAUCUAGGACAUAUGCGCCAACUCGAACAGGCCAAGACGGCGUUCCCUAACACCUAUCUCAUCGUCGGUGUGACUGGAGAUGCAGAAACUCACAAACGCAAAGGUCUCACGGUCCUGACAGGCGCCGAACGCGCCGAAACAGUUCGACACUGCCGUUGGGUUGACGAAGUAAUCCCCAACUGUCCCUGGAUCGUAACGCCCGAAUUUCUUGCGAAGCAUCAGAUAGACUAUGUGGCCCAUGACGAUGAACCGUAUGGUGCGGCCGAGGGUGACGACAUCUACGCACCGAUCAAGAAAGAAGGCAAGUUCCUCGUCACCCAACGUACCGAAGGCGUGUCUACAACCGGUAUUAUCACAAAGAUCGUUCGUGACUACGAAAAGUACAUUGCCCGACAGCUCAAACGAGGCACGUCGCGUCAAGAGUUGAAUAUCUCAUGGCUCAAGAAGAAUGAGCUUGAGUUGAAGAGGCACGUCCAGGAACUCAGGGAUAACAUCAAGACAAACUGGACAACUGCGGGCGGUGAAAUUGGUCGAGAUCUCAGACAGUUGUGGCAGAAUGCCAGCUCUCGACCAGCCAGUCCGGCACCGUUCACUAGGUCUCUCUCCGCCGAGGGGAGUGGGCUUAAGAGCCCAACCGGCAGCACCGCCGCCAGUGCUGUCGAGCAUCUCAAGCACCUGGAAGUCCCAGGCAGUGCGGAGCGAAGGAGCGACUCGCCUGGUAGAUUCAGCCGCAGUGAUGACUUUGCGGCAGGUUACUCUCUGGGGUUGAUCGGUGGUGUCAAGUCUUGGAUGAUGCGAGGCCGACGCGCGCUCAGGGACAGUCAACCACCCAGUCCGGAUGGCAGUGAAGAUGAUGAAGCUAGAAGCCCGGUGAGCGUCACUGUAAGCAAUGGUGGCGAUAUCAUGCCGGGACUGAAGACGCCUCCAUUCUUUGGACGAGGCCGGAAGGGAAAGAGCUCAAGCGAAGACCUCGAACAGGGUGAGACAGAAGACCAUGAAAGGGACGCUAUGGAUGUCUUGCACUGAUUUUAUCUUUGUGGAUUCUUCUUUUACUUAUCUUCCACUUCAAGAGAGGGAAAUUACAUGCGAGGGAAGAGGUUCAACUCUCUUGUGUGGUUGACAUUUCGCCUCUGAAACGCGGAUGCAUCGUGGUUUUGCACUAUAAUGCAUUAAUUUGAUUAGGUGGUGAUGCUGGACACCAAAAAAAGGUUGCCGGUGAGAUGUUAGCAGGGACUGGUAACAAAAGCUGAGCUGGUACACGCAGCAGUGAUGGAAGAGCGAGGAAUAGAUGAAGUCUGUUUCCAAGUAUAAUGUAGACUUCGGGCUGGAUGUUCCUUCUUUACAUGUCAUUCUGUUGAGAUCAACGUAUAAUCAAGUUGAGAAUAGAGUAAUAUGCACUGCGCCGACGUAAG